AACAUGCGACUUGACCCACCGAUGUCUCCCCACUUGCGAGCAGAGUGCGGGCCAGGGCAAGUGUGCUAGAAAGCCCUAACACCGAACAAAGUCAGCUGACCCACCUUGAUUAUGUGGGACCCUGCCAAAAGUUCAACUGCGACGCCUUAUCUCAAAUUCCUGACCUCUUCUUCUCAAGCGCACCUUCACAACAUCUACAGAUUGCUGAGGAAGACAUUGUGUCUAGGCAAUCAUGCAGAUCUUCGUGAAGACCCUCACGGGCAAGACUAUCACCCUUGAGGUGGAGUCGAGCGACACCAUCGACAAUGUCAAGUCCAAGAUCCAGGACAAGGAGGGCAUUCCCCCCGAUCAGCAGCGCCUGAUCUUUGCCGGCAAGCAGCUCGAGGAUGGCCGGACCCUCUCCGACUACAACAUCCAGAAGGAGAGCACCCUCCACCUUGUGCUCCGCCUGCGUGGUGGUGCCAAGAAGAGGAAGAAGAAGGUCUACACCACCCCGAAGAAGAUCAAGCACAAGCGGAAGAAGACCAAGCUCGCUGUGCUCAAGUACUACAAGGUGGAUAGCGAUGGCAAGAUUGAGCGCCUCCGCCGCGAGUGCCCGAACGAGACUUGCGGUGCCGGUGUUUUCAUGGCUGCCAUGCAGGAUCGCCAGUACUGUGGCCGCUGCCACCUGACCUACGUCUUUGAGAAGAACGCUUAAGCAAUUGGCGUCGGUCAUGCUGAACACCUCGGGGUGGGGAUAAGAUUGCAAGGAGUCAGGAACGGGCAACGAUCUUCACGAACCGGAGUUUAUGUACCUUAGAGUUGGGCAUAUGCGGGCUCGGAACCGGCAAGGAAAAUGCAAUUUGGGAUGCGAUGACAACCAGUGCUAUCUUAGCCACUGGUGUCAUCUGCUGCGGCUGAGGGUCUGGGACGUGCAGGCAGCCGCCUCGUAAUACAGCCAAGUUUCCGUC